UAAUCCUGCCCCGAAUGUCACUAGGACAAAUCCUGACACAUACGUAGGAGAAUUUCUAACAGUUGUCGUCGCAGUGUUUGCACCUCUCAGGGACAUAGUCUGCAGAAUCAGCCUGCCGGGGGGAGCUUUUACUGUUAGGGCAAUGGAACCUGAGAAAAAGGAGAAGCAGGAUAAUCCUUCAGCAACAGCUAAUCUUCUCUCCAAGAUUUUCUUCUGCUGGUUGAACCCCCUAUUCAGAAUUGGCUACAAGAGGCGUCUUGAAGAAAACGACAUGUAUAGAGUUCUUCCAGAGGAUGCGUCUGAGCGACUUGGAGAGGAGCUGCAAUGGUAUUGGAACCAAGAAGUUCAGCAGGCAGCAAAAUAUCUCCGGCCACCCAGACUUACUAAGGCUCUCAUCCAGUGCUAUUGGAAACCCUACUUAUUAAUUGGACCAUACAUCUUUAUAGAGGAAGUUAUCAAAGUCAUUCAGCCAGUGCUACUCGGUAAGCUGAUAGAGUACUUUGAGAGUUAUGACACUGCUCAGCCAGCUUCGGUCUCUGAGGCUUACUGCUGUGCUCUCGGCAUUUCAUUGGCCACCAUUGGGGUCGCUCUGCUUCAUCAUCUGUACUUCUACCGAGUCCAGCGGGCAGGCAUGAAGAUCCGCGUGGCCAUGUGCCACAUGAUCUAUAGGAAGGCUCUUUGUCUCAGCAGCUCAGCAAUGGCCGAAACAACCACAGGUCAGAUAGUCAACCUCUUAUCCAACGAUGUCAACAGAUUUGAUGAGGUUACCUUAUACUUGCACUUUAUAUGGGUCGGCCCACUUCAAGCAGUAUCUGUGAUAUUGCUUUUGCUAUAUGUUAUUGGCCCAUCUUGUCUUGCUGGAAUGUCGGUCCUCUUCAUUCUGUUGCCAGUACAGACCAUGUUUGGACGUUUUUUCUCCAUUCUCAGUGGUGAAACAGCAGUGUUAACCGACGAGAGAAUUCGCACGAUGAGUGAAGUAAUAUCUGGAAUCCGAGUUAUAAAGUUGUACGGGUGGGAGGAGCCUUUCAGUGCACUGGUGGAUGAAGUCAGACGAAUGGAAAUCUCCAAGAUCAUGCGAAGCUCUUACCUUCGUGGCCUGAACAUGGCAUCCUUUUUUGUGGCCAGCAAGAUAGUCAUCUUCUUCACCGUCUGCGUUUAUGUUCUCACAGGAAACAGGCUAUCAGCCAGCAAACUCUUCAUGGCUGUUUCCCUCUAUGGGGCGGUCAGACUAACUAUCACCCUUUUUUUCCCCUACGCCAUUGAAAAAGUCUCAGAGUCACUCAUCAGCAUCCAGCGGAUUCAGAAAUUUCUUCUGCUUGAUGAAGUUGCUCCUCAGCAUCUUGGACUUUCUGUGGCAGAUAAGAGAGAAUAUAUGGUGAAAGUGCAAGAUCUGAAGUGUUACUGGGAUAAGAACCUUGAAGCUCCAACCUUACAGAAAGUGAGUUUCACUGUGAGACCUGAGCAGCUACUGGUGAUUAUUGGGCCUGUUGGAGCUGGAAAGUCCUCACUCUUAAAUGCCAUCCUGGGAGAACUAUGUCAGGAAACGGGUGUGGUCAAGGUCAAAGGACGGGUAGCCUACACACCGCAGCAGCCAUGGAUUUUACCUGGAACCAUCCGAAGCAACAUUGUGUUUGGACAUGAAUUCAACCCAAAGAAAUAUGAUCGAGUCCUGAGAGCUUGUGCCCUAAAGAGAGACAUUGAUCUUUUGCCUGGGGGUGACUUGGUGGGGGUUGGAGACCGAGGGGCAAACCUCAGUGGAGGACAGAAGGCCAGAGUCAGCCUAGCAAGGGCAGUGUAUCUUGAUGCAGAUAUCUACUUACUAGAUGACCCUCUCAGUGCUGUGGAUGCUGAAGUGGGACGGCAUCUCUUUGAAGAGUGCAUUUGUGGGCUCCUGAGAAAAAAGCCUCGUAUUCUCGUAACUCAUCAACUACAAUAUCUUAAGGCUGCAGAUCAGAUUGUGCUUUUAAAGGAGGGCCAGAUGAUUACCCAAGGCACCUACAGUGAGCUGCAGGGCUCUGGCAUAGACUUUACCUCCCUUCUUAAGGAGGAUCAGGAGGAGGAGAGGCAGGACGUGACCCCACUGCCUGGACCUGGCACCUUUCAUUACACCCUCUCUGACAACUCCUCCAUGUCCUCCCUUUCUUCUUCUCUGUACUCUCUGAUUGAUGGAGGAGAUUCCGUGACACUGGUAGGGCAACCAAUAGAGGAGGAAAGCCGCUUAGAAGGAAAGGUCGGCCUGAGUAUGUAUGUGAAGUAUUUCUUGGCAGGUGCCAACCUCCUGGUCCUCUUAUUUCUCAUUUUACUUAAUGGACUUGCUCAGAUAACAUUUGUUCUUCAGGACUGGUGGCUUGCGCAUUGGGCCUCUGAACAGAAGCACGCCGCUGUGACUGAGCACCUCAAUGGCAACUUCCCUCAGCAGCUGGACCUUGACCUGUACCUAGGUGUUUACGCAGCUUUAACAGUCACCUCGGUUGUGUUUGGCUUCACCCGCAGCUUGGUCUUCUUCAAAGUCCUGGUGAAGUCUGCUCAAACCCUCCACAAAAACAUGUUCAGGGCCAUCCUCCGGACGUCCAUACGCUUUUUUGAUACCAACCCAACUGGGAGAAUUCUUAACAGGUUUUCAAAGGACAUCGGCUACCUAGACUCUCUGCUUCCAUGGACGUUUGUGGACUUCACCCAGGUGUUCCUGCAAGUCAUCGGAGUUAUUGCGAUAGCUGGUGUCAUAAUCCCCGGGAUCCUUAUUCCAGUUGUCCCUCUGCUUGCCGUCUUCCUGUUCCUAAGACACUAUUUCCUGCAGACCUCCAGGGAUAUCAAGCGGCUUGAAUCUACAAUGCGGAGUCCUGUCUUCUCCCAUCUUUCUUCCUCCCUCCAAGGCCUGAGCUCCAUUCGUGCCUUCAGGGUUCAACAUCAGUUCCAGCGAAUAUUUCACAAGUAUCUAGAUCUUCACUCAGAGGCCUGGUUCCUCUUCUUGACCACUUCACGGUGGUUUGCUGUGCGUCUCGAUGGAAUUUGUUGCAUUUUUGUCACAAUUACAGCUUUUGGCUGCCUGUACUUCAGGGAUGGCCUGGAACCAGGUGCUGUGGGCUUGGCUCUGUCCUAUGCUGUGACGCUUACAGGCAUGUUUCAGUGGGGAGUCAGACAGAGUGCAGAGAUUGAGAAUCUGAUGACAUCUGUAGAGAGAGUGGUUGAGUAUGCUGAACUGGAGAGCGAAGCACCUUGGGAGACGGACAAAAAGCCUCCUGCAGACUGGCCCCAGAAGGGCUCCAUCUCCUUUGACAACGUUAGCUUUUCUUACAGCGACAGCACGCCUUUAGUCUUAAAGAACCUCAGUAUUGUCUUCGCAUCCAAAGAAAAGGUUGGGAUUGUUGGACGCACCGGAGCUGGUAAAAGCUCCCUCAUCUCUGCCUUGUUUCGACUGGCAGAACCUGAGGGAAGGAUAACAAUUGACGGCAUUCUGACUUCAGAGAUCGGUUUGCACACGCUGCGCCAGAAAAUGUCGAUUAUCCCACAGGACCCAGUACUCUUCACGGGCACCAUGAGGAAGAAUCUGGACCCUUUCAAGCAGCACACAGAUGAGGACCUGUGGAAUGCACUCCAAGAGGUGCAGAUGAAGGCGGUGGUGGAGGAGCUGCCCAACAAGCUGGAAACAGUGCUGACUGAGUCAGGCUCCAACUUCAGCAUGGGUCAGAGGCAGUUGGUGUGUCUGGCCAGGGCCCUCCUAAGGGAAAACCGAAUCCUCGUUAUUGAUGAAGCUACAGCAAAUGUGGACCCGAGAACUGACAGCCUGAUCCAGCGGACCAUCCGGAAUAAGUUUCAAGAGUGCACAGUCCUGACUAUUGCUCAUAGGCUCAACACUAUCAUUGACUGUGACAGAAUACUGGUUCUGGAUGCUGGCAGGAUCCAAGAUUAUGAUGAGCCAUACAUCCUGCUCCAGAACCAGGAUGGGCUCUUUUACCAGAUGCUCCAACAGACAGGCAAAGCCGAAGCUGCGUCAUUGCUGCAAACAGCCAAACAGGUUCACACCAACAGAAAGGCGGAGAGUGACACGUGCUGCACCAAGGACAUCAGUGUCAUCUUUGAGACGUCUCUUUGACGGGUUGGAGAGUUCCUGUGGUCCUUUUUCGUGCUUAACAACAGACACCAAAUCUUUCCCUGGAUAUGCUUGGAUUCGUUGAUGUGCACAGAAAUGUUUUCAGAAACACAGAAAGCUUACAGGUUUGGUUUGCGCUGCAUUGAUUGGCAAAGACUUUUGGUCUGGAACAGAGAAGUUUUGUGAAGCAGGCCUUGCCUCUCAUUGACUGCAUAAAACUGGAUGAAUGUUUAUUGAUUAACUGAUGCUAUGUUUAUAGAAGUGUAUUGUGUUCUCCAGGGUGUCUUCCUCUACUUUGCGCUCUUGAUAAAAAGAAUGCAGUUAUUAAAUUGUUAUUUAUUACAAUAAAUUUUAUUAUUCUGAAGAGAAAGAAAUUAUUCUUAGAACUCUUUUGAUGUGGAAAAACAAGAGAAGCUUUAGGUGAAGCUAGUAGCAUCUGCAGUUAUUAUUGUGCCUUCAUCAGACUAUUGAUUGUUGAUAAUUUCACUGUUUUAAUUGAACAGUUUUCCUUUACACUAUCUGUAUUGGUUCAAUGUCUCAUUUUGGUUCUGACAAUACUUUGAUGUUACCAGCCAUGAGAAUAUUUUAUACCCCCUUUAGCAAGCAGUAAUUGCAAAUGAUUAUCUUUUAUAUUUAUCUAAUCUACCAAAAGGACCUGUAACUUUGUUAUCCCGAUGAAAAUGAUCAGUUGUUCAAGUUUAAGUUAAGAUUUAAAUGUUUCAUAUUUCUUAGAGUUGCCUCAAGCUGGGAUCAGAGUCACAGUCAGUGGAAAAAUAGGUUUAAUAUUACCUGUUUUUUUUUUUUUUAAACAAUAUACACAGCUCAGAAAAUAAAGAGAGCACAUAAACAACACAAUAUAAAUUCAAUCAAAUCAAACUUCAGUGAAAUCAAACUGUCCACUUAGAAAGCAGCACUGAUUGACAAUCAAUUUAACGUGCUGUUUAGCAAAUAGAAUAGACAACAGGUGGAAAUUAUUGGCUAUUAACGAGACACCCUUGAUAAAGGAGGUGUUCUGCAGGUGGGUACAACAAACCAUUUCACAGUACCUGUGUUUUCUGUUUGAUGUUUUCGUCACUUUUGAAUGUUAGAGGUGCUUUUUCAAUUGUGGUAGAGGCUGGAGGCUCUACCAGGAGACAGGCCAGUACACCAGGAGACAUAGAGGCGGAUGUAGGAGGACAACAAUCCAGCAACAGGAUCGCUAUUUCUGCCUUUGUGCAAGUUGGAACAGGAGGAGCAAUACCAGAGCCCUGCGAAAUGACUUCCAGCAGGCGACAAAUGUGCAUGUGUAAGCAUAAAAGGAAACUGACUCCAUGAGGAUGGUAUGAGGGCCAGACGUCCAAAGAUGGGGGUUGUGCUCACAGCCUAACAUCGUGAUGGAAGCUUGAUAUUUGUCAGAGAACACCAGGAUUGAUUAAUGGAGUUUUAUUUACCUCUGACCAAAGUAAAAAAAAAAAAAAAAACACAUAUAAAUAGCUAAAAAGAAAAUUUUUGACUGAGGAAGAACUAAAACUUGUUGCACUGUGAUUUUUUUUGUUUACUAUUACACCAAUAUUUAGACGAAAUCACAUUGCAGGCUAGUGAAUUUAUAAUAUCUUUUUGUAAUUCUUUGAGUUACUGCAUGAUUAUGUAUAUAGAUACAAAAAAGGAUGGCAUAAAAUUGCAAGGAUGGGGCUACAAACUCAGUUAAGCUAACAGAUAGCCAAUUAAUGAAAUCGGGGCAAAUUGUAUCUAAAUGCUUUAUUACAAUUUGGUUUAAGAAUACAUUUGUUUAAGCCUCUUGUUAAACAAACCACAAGAAGCCAUCUAUUAUAUUAUUGUUUAUUCAUUUAUAUUGAUUAACAAGAUCUUUAAGGAGCUUGUGUAUUUAGCUGCUUUAAAAAUCUAGGUCUUUAAUUUGAUGACCUGAUGCCGGUUUUAAGGAUUCUGUCUUAAAGCUGAUCUCUGGAUUAAAAUAUCUGUCAAAACCAAAAGGUUUCAUUGAAAUUUCGUUUUGUUCUCAAUCAUGUUGAUGUACAAGCUAACAUGAUUAAAUCAAAGAGAUACAUUGCUGUAUACUGUGCUUAUAUCUGUAGCUGUAUUGAUAUUUAAAAUAUGGAUAACUGCAUAAUGAGCAUCAGAAUGAUCAAGCCUGGUUUGACAUUCAGCUGCAGAGAUGCUAAAUGUAAACUAUGAUAGGAUGAGUGUUGAGGGAUACAAUGAAAUUCAGACACAAUGCUAGUUUAAAGAACUGCUGGCAAAGCAGGCUUUUUGGGGGUUUAAAAGGUUGGUACAAUGUUGGCAGAUAUACAAUGAUCUGCAGUACACUUCUUUUGUACUUUAAGAGGCUCAUCUCAUGUGACUAAUAAAUAUUUAUGAAAUGA